AUGGCUAUCCAGUCCAAGGCCACCCCAAUCGGGCCGUGGGGAAAGGCGACAGCUGGCGCCUCGGGCGCUGUCCUGGCUAAUGCCCUCGUAUACCCGCUGGACAUAGUCAAGACCCGCCUUCAGGUCCAAGAAAAACGCAAGCCUGGUGAACCCUCCGCCCCUGACUCCUCUCCACACUACGACUCGACCUGGGACGCAAUCACCAAGAUCGUCGAUGAAGAUGGCCUCGCGGGCCUAUAUGCGGGCAUAUCAGGAUCCCUCCUCGGCGUUGCGAGCACCAACUUUGCCUACUUCUUCUGGUACCAGACCGUGCGGGACCUAUACUUUAAGGGCGCCAAGUCCGCGGCGCCGCCGUCGACCGCCGUGGAGCUGAGCCUGGGUGCCGUCGCAGGUGCCCUGGCCCAGCUGUUCACCAUCCCCGUCGCCGUCGUUACCACACGCCAGCAGACGCAGAGCAAGACCGAGAGGAAAGGGAUGCUGGAUACCGCACGGGAGGUCAUUGAUGGUGAGGACGGCAUCACGGGGUUGUGGAGGGGUCUGCGGGCCAGCCUGGUGCUGGUGGUGAACCCGAGCAUCACCUAUGGGGCGUACGAGAGGUUAAAGCCGUUGUUGUUCCCUGGCCAAGUGCUGAAGCCGUGGCAGGCCUUUGUUCUCGGUGCGCUGUCCAAGGCUCUCGCCACGAUAGCGACGCAGCCCCUGAUUGUUGCCAAGGUCGGAUUGCAGUCGAAGCCUCCUCCGUCCAGGCAGGGCAAGCCUUUUAAGAGCUUUGGUGAGGUGAUGAGGUUUAUUUAUGAGAACGAGGGGCCUCUCGGCCUGUUCAAGGGCAUCGGUCCGCAGAUCUUGAAGGGUAUCUUGGUACAGGGCAUCCUGAUGAUGGCCAAGGAACGUGUGGAACUUCUCUUUAUUCUCUUCCUCCGAUACAUACAGAAGCUUCGGUCACAGCACUUGGCAGCGGCGUCCAAGUUGGCUGCACAGAGCAGUCUCACGUCUCGGGUAGCCGUGAAGUAG